GUGCGGAAUGGCUUGUUUCUCGAAACGAGAAGUUUACGGCACGACCUGAAGGCGAGUGCUGUAAUUCGUUUCGUAAAAAAGCCUUUCUGCACUAGUUACAUAAGAUAUUUUAUGCUACGAGAAGCCAAAAAUAAGCAACGAAGUUGAAAUUUUUAGGUUAGAGUGUCAUCAAUAACUAUUGUUUGUCCGUGCUGUGCUCAUUUAUGUACUAGGCAUUCGAUCAAGCCUACAUUCGAUGUAAUUGUGGACACAAUAACACAAAUGGACAAUACAAUUGGUUUGUUCGCUAAAAAGAAUGCACGCGUUCCAACAUCAAAUUCGGUUGAAUAUGGAUGUCGAAAAGAUAUUUCGUUUUGUAGAAGUUGGCUUUCAGAAUUGCUUACUUAUCAGACUUAACGGUCAGAAUUUAGCCAUUUAGAUUUGAAAAAAUGUAAAUAAUAAACAUUGUUCAUAAAAUAUAUAUUUUAUGCAGUAUCUGAUACAUUUAAAUGCCUCGAAUGUUUACGUAUAGAGAAUGUCUUAUCCAACGAAUAUCAUUGUGACUCAUGAUUCGUGAUCGGAUCGUGUGUUUGUGCAACGGCGCCAUCGGCUGUAUUUUCUUUGUAAUUACGAAAAUUUAAGUUGAACCAAAAUUGAUUUUGUCUGUUCAAAGGCUGGAUGAGAUCUCAGCCAGUCUCGUGUAAAAGAAGUGGUUAUUACGUUGCUACGCGGACUUAAAUAUGCAGUGAGCUAUUUUCUGUCACUAGUGGAUGGUUUACCCCAUCUGGUGAAGAUGGGUGAACCACGAAAUAGCCACAUGCUUCAAUAGGCAUUCGGUGUUUUCAAACUUUUGCCGUUGAUCAAACAAGAUUCUACUAGUGUAAUUAUUAGUACCUAAAAAACAUAAAUGGAAAACUACAACUUUUUGAAACUCAAUUGAAGUAAAAUUGUAAAUGUACUAUAUUUUUAUAAAAAGUAAAAGAAAGAUAUAUCAUGGCUCGUAAACCUCCAAAGCUGAAACCAAUUCUAAUCCCGACAGAAAAUCCUGUCCCAGUAACUCCCCCAAGGAACCUAGACAAAAGAACAACAAUAACUAUAGGAGACAAGACUUUCGAAGUUGAUGCAGAUGAGUUGGAAUUCAUUUGUACCCUUGGACGAGGUGCUUAUGGAGUUGUUGACAAAAUGAAACACAAACAAAGCGAUACCAUCAUGGCAGUCAAAAGAAUUACAGCAACUGUCAAUACUCAAGAACAGAAACGGUUACUGAUGGACCUAGAUAUAUCUAUGAGAAGUUCAGACUGUCCUUAUACUGUACAAUUCUAUGGGGCCCUUUUUAGAGAAGGUGAUGUAUGGAUUUGUAUGGAGGUUAUGGAUAUGAGUCUUGACAAGUUCUAUACAAAAGUGUACAAAAAUAAGCGUUCAAUUCCUGAAGAUAUAUUAGGAAAAAUAUCUUUUUCAGUAGUUAGUGCAUUGCAUUAUCUAUAUUCUCAGUUACGAGUUAUUCAUAGAGAUGUUAAACCUAGUAAUAUUUUAAUUAAUCGGAAAGGCCAAGUCAAAAUUUGUGAUUUUGGAAUAUCAGGUUAUUUAGUUGAUUCAGUUGCCAAAACUAUUGAUGCUGGUUGUAAACCAUACAUGGCACCUGAAAGGAUAGAUCCUACAGGAAAUCCUUCACAGUACGAUAUAAGAUCAGAUGUUUGGUCAUUAGGAAUUUCAUUAGUGGAGCUCGCAACAGGAAAGUUCCCUUAUACAGCUUGGGGUACUCCAUUUGAACAAUUAAAACAAGUAGUGCAAGAUGCUCCUCCAAAAUUACCACCUAACACGUUUUCUUCUAGCUUUGAAGAAUUUAUAACUAAAUGCUUAAUGAAGAAGUACACUGAACGGCCUAAUUACAAUCAGUUGCUAAAACUUGAUUUUAUAACUGAACAUGCUGAAAAAGAUAUAAAUGUUGCUGCAUUCGUCGAGGAGAUCUUAAAUUUACCUGAUGCAGGACAGUCUGCUUAGUAAAAUAACUACAUAGUUCCUUUCACGGAAUAUUCUUAAUAUACACUAUUUUUUAAUCUUAUACAUCAAACAAAAUUUGUUAGAUUCACUACUGCCAAAUCAUUUAUCGACAUAAAUGUGUAAUCAGAUAUGUGAAUAUUUUUAGAGAAACAUAUAGUUUCAUGUAAUAAUAUGUGAUUGAAAGAGAUUUAUUGAGUCAAUCAAAGUUUUUAUUGUAAGUAAUCAAGUCAUUUUUAGAGUAGAAAAGAGUAAUAAAGUAAUCUAAUUAAGAUCAUUGUAACUUUUUAUACAUAUAUUCAAGAAAAGUUAUGUAACAUUAAUCGAUUACGAACAA